GCUUCUUAAGUAGGGUAUUUGACGGUAGACAAUAUGAAUUCUGAAGUCUCUGGAAGAGAAUGGCAAAUUUAUUCCAGAGAAGGGAAUGCAAGUCAUUCUAGUCCUCAAAUUAAGCUUAAGAAAACAGAUAGCCAGCAGACGAUAAUUUUAACGAGGGACCAAUCCUUACUUCUCUUUACCUUGUACCUGAAUGGUCAAAACGGUUUCUUAGAAAUCCCUCUGGACGACUGUGUGUGUAUAGGUGAUAUGAACGUCGCAAGGACGGUGAAAGACCUGCUAAAGGAAAACUUUUUACAUAAAAAUAGUAACAGGGUGGAAAUCAACCAAUCAAGACAUACUGAGAUCAAAGAAAUCUUCAAAAUAACAUGCCUGCAGAGUUACAUAGAUCGAGAAUUCCUCAUACAAGUGGCUUCAGUAGAAUGUCUAAACGACUUUUCGGAGGCAUGCACUGCCAACUCGGAGUUGGAGGAUGAAUCUGAGGAUUCUAAAACUGGAACACCCUACAUAACAAUCAUGAGACUUAUAAUAGAAAUAGAGCCGGAGGAGGCAUUGAGUAUUUUACGUAAAUAUGACAUUGAAGUAGAAGAUGUUCUUCCUCCAUUCCUUUUUCGUGGUGAAUAUGAUGGAUGGAUUGAAAAAUUGAGAGACUGGUGAGAGUGAGAGCCUGGUGUAGCAAUAAAAACAAACAUCCUCUGGAGUGUGCAGACGGAAUAAAUGCCGAGAUGAUAAACAGUGUAUUCUCUGCUUACAGUAUAUAUACAGGUCGCUGUAAGAACUUAGUAAAUAUACCUGAUGCUUAUCAUGGACUACUCUUCUCCAUCCUGUUUUCGGAAGAUCGUUGUAUUUUUCUCGAAGACGACAGAUGGCACACAAAUCUUACGAAAAUCAGAGAAACCUUUCAACUUACAGAAGAAAAAAGAACAAUUGCUGAGGACAUUGUUGUCAUCAAUGAAAUAGUCGACAAAAAGAAUAUACUCACGAAGUCUGGCAGCACCAUUUCAUUUAAAACGUAUGAUGAAGAUGGACCAAGUGAUGCGGAUGAUCUUGUUAUGAUUGAAUUCACCAUGAGAUCUCUAAGAAAACUGGAGGAUUAUGAAUCCUUAUUAUCGCUAGGAACAAAAGCUCUUGUUUAUAAUUAUUGUGUAUUUUGGGAUAAUUUAUUCCUUGGAGAUUAUGUGUACAUUCCUGAAGAAUUAAAUGAGAUGUUGAUAUUUAAACUUGGUUUUUGUGCAAUUGAAUACUUCAGCACCGGGGAGAUAGACAAUGAUGAUGACUUAAAUAUGCACUAUUUAUCGAUAUAUGACGGGCAGAGAGAUCUGGUGAACAGAGUGUCAGAGACAUUUGGACUACCAUUUGAUGUAUCUAAUUUAGAAAGAGAGAAAAUGGUCCAAUUCAUCAACUUUUCAAAGAGGGCAUACAGAUGGUUCGAAGGAAAAAAAAAACUAACAGGAAAUAGAGUUAAUCUCAGCAUUUUUGGAUCAUUCCUUGUAGGUGAUUUCAAAGCUGAAUCAGUGCUUAAAUUGUGUGAAGAUCAGUUCGAAGAAAAUGUACAAGAAAUUACAG